GCUAUUUAAAUACCCACGGCACAGUACUGAGAGCGGCAGCACAGCGGAUCAGCUCCGCGUAAAUCUCACGAUUGAGGGGAAAGCAGGAAAACACAGAAAACAAAUUGAAUGAGCCUAUGGGCCUACCAUGUGAAUAGACAAAUUUGUUAAAAACGUCAUUGUUGUAGAUGACCUAGACACUUCGACAGUAAACGCGACUGAGCUAACAUAUGAUAUCAAGGAAAUUACAUGAAAAGAACAACCUCCGGUUAUGCGUUAAAUAGCCGUGCGCAACCAUUUGAAGGAUGUAUCCAAGCAUAACUAUGCUUGUCAAAUCCUGGAACUGAUGGAUAAGCUGUAAAAAAUAAUAAUAAUUUUAGUUGUACGCGGUGCUGGUGUGGCGGAUCCAUUUUAUUUUCAUUUUUGUAUUUUGGCUUGGUUUUGUGCUUGCGCUUAGUUCUACGAAAAGGGAUGUGAAAUUAUUCUAGGAUUUGCAUGUCAUAUAUGUAAAACAGGAUCCCGCAGAGCAACGGCGCUGCAUCCCUUCGGAACUGUGCGACGACACUUCAGUUAACGGGUUGAUACCUUGGGGCAAAAAGGGAAUCUCUUUGGAAUGUCAUCUACAAUUGAGAGGAAGAGCUUGGAUGCGCCCGAGGAGCCGGUGGAUGAGGUUCUGCAGAUGCCCCCUUCACUGCUGACGUGUGGUGGGUGCCAGCAGAGCAUUGGUGACCGCUUCUUCCUGAAAGCCAUCGAGCAGUAUUGGCACGAGGACUGCUUGAGCUGCGAUCUGUGUGGCUGCAGGCUCGGGGAGGUUGGACGGAGGCUCUACUACAAGCUUGGCCGGAAGCUUUGCCGCAGGGACUAUCUCAGACUUUUUGGCCAGGACGGUCUUUGCGCAUCCUGUGAGAAGCGAAUCCGGGCGUUCGAGAUGACCAUGCGCGUGCGGGACAAAGUCUACCACCUGGAGUGCUUUAAGUGCGCUGCCUGCCAGAAGCACUUCUGCGUGGGCGACCGCUACCUGCUCAUCAACUCGGACAUUGUGUGUGAGCAGGACAUCUUUGAGUGGACUAAACACAACAGCAUGAUGUAGGCCCUGCUCAGGUCUCUCCUCUUACACAGCCCACGCAGAGAGAAGAACGCUAAGACCACGCCCAGGCAGGUGGAUGAUGAGCUUAGCACCGGGACUGUCGUUUUAUUCUUAAAUCCUGAUUUUUUUUAUAAUUGUCUCUCACAUGCGGGGCGUUUAAUAGUAUAUGCAGACCCAUCUCUCUAUAAAUUUGGGAGAGUGCAGAUUGCACACAGAUUGCAAGCUUGUGCUUCCAUCUGUUGCUUCCUUCAAUCCUACAUUCCCUAAUUGCGCUGCGCGGUCUUUUUGACAAUGAGCGCCGCGUGUGCGGCUGGCAUAGGCAGUACGCAGGUGUGCCGGCGAAAAGGAGCUUCCUGGUGCAUGACGAGAAGCAGACAGCCCUGCUUGCUUAGACAAUGCUUCAGCCAAUUACAGGUCUCCCCGUGGGGCGUCUGGCCACGGACGACAGCGGCACAGUCUAGACUGUAUGUUAGACUGCAGCAGUGCACACGCACAACUGGAUGAUUCCUGAUUAUUAAGUCAUACACUGUCGUGGAUAUAUGCAAUGUGACAUUUAUCUGUUUCUAGUUCAAAUUGUAAUGCAAUAUUGAAAC